AUGUGGGACUCAUCCAGCGACAAGGAGAAUAAAGAGGAGAAGGACAAGCAGGAAAGCCCUGAAGGUGACCAAAGCAGUGAGCCCAAACCAGAGUCUUCAGACUCAAGCGUCAGUUUGCCUUCUUUCUCCAGCGGCGUCAGCUCUGCUAAGAGCGGCACCGGAUCCUCGUCCUUUGUGUCUCUCUCCUCCACGGUGAAAACGGAUCCUCCGAAACCUUCAGUCACCUAUAAGUUGUCAUCUGCACCCAGCGGUGCAAGCUCUGAUCAGAGCAGCAUGGGGUCCUCAUCCUUUGUGUCACCUUCCUCUGCUGUGAAGGUGGACCCUUCACCCACCUACAAGUCGCCUUACACCAGCACCAACCUAAGCGUUGGAGACAAGGCUCCAACUCACAGGUCCAAAAGCCCCAUGGAGGCCUUGAUGGGGAAUCCCAGGAGGUAUGGAGAUGGAACAACCAGGACCACCACCACCCUCUCCUCAAGUGACCUCCUGAGGGGCCCCAAGCCUUACCAACCAUGAUAUGACCAGAUGAAAGCGGUGCUGAUCAAUCUGAAUCAAUGCUAACAAUGCUUUUUGGGUGCGUUUUACAGUUGAUUCAAACAUGGUCUGUCAAAGAUAGCUUCAGCUCUGUUGGCUUCUUUAGAGUUAACAAGACUAAUAAAAAAAUAAACACAUUUUGUUGGGGUUUCUUGAACAUGAAAAUGGGGGACAUGUUUACUAUUGUGGAGCAAAUUUUCAGCUACAUGAAAUAAAUUCAAAUGCUUUGGGCAAUAAAACUGUGA